UUCUGAAAACCUAAAAGUCCUUUUGGGGGAGAAUUUCCCAUUCAACCCCUGCUGCCAUCUCUUGCCCAAAUAUCCCAACUUCUUUCUCGCCUGCCAUCAUCAAUCCUCUCCUCCACAUCGCUCAUCAUCAUCAAUCCUCUCCUCAGCAUUAAUCGCGACCCAUCUGCCUCGCCAUUAAUCGCCCAGCUGCCAAUCUCCUCGUCACUGUCAUCAGCUUCAUUAAUGGCCCCUGUCAUCUGCUUGUUCUCCUCGUCACUGUCAUCAAACAGGUUCAUUAAUCGCCCCCAUCUACCAGCUUCAUUAAUCCUCCAACUACCUUCAUCUGCCCCCUUAUUUUUAUACCAAUCGCCCCCAUCAAACCAGCGGCAUCUCAUCAACAGCUGAAGAAGCAAUUCACGGCAGUAAGGUAACAUCUCUAAUUGACAAGUAUAUUUGCACUUUUGGCCGAUUUGUAGUGUGGGUAGGUUAACCGAUUUUGAUAUAGGUCGUGUUUAGGGAUAUUGUUAAUGCAUAUGACAGACAAGUGUUUAUCUUGAAUAAUGGAUAUUGUUAAUGCAUAAUAUCAACAGAUGGUUAUUAUCAACUGAUGGUUAAUUAUCAACAGAUGGCUGCAUAAUAUUGUUAAUGCAUAAUAUCAACAGAUGGUUAAUGGGAUAUUGUUAAUGGGAUAUUGUUAAUGCAUAAUAUUGUUAAGUGCUUAUCUUGAAUAUUCCAUAAAGUGUUUAUUUUGAUAAUAACCAUCUGUUGUUAAUUUUGACAUGUAUACUCUCUGUUGUUAAUUUUGUUUGACAUGUAUAAUCUUGACAUGUAUAAUCUUGAGUUUGUUGUAUAAUCUUGAGUUUGUUCUAGCGAUUUUUACAGUUUUUACGUUCAGAAAAUGGAUGAAAACCAUCCAAAUGUUGUUUUUUGUGAAACACCACCUAACAAGGUUAGAUCAAAAUUUAAGUGGGAUGAUAUUACGUUCAAGGAGUUUAUCAAUGCAUGCGUGCUUGAAGUUGAAAGAGGGAAUAAACCCACUACGUCCUUUACUAAGGCUGGGUGGGCGAAUAUAUUACAAACCAUGAACGAAAAAACAGGUAAAACCCUUGAUAAAAAACAAAUGACAAACAAAUGGGAUAGCAUGAAAAAAGAAUGGAAGAUUUAUGACCGCCUGAUGAGACUUGAAACUGGGAUUGGUGGGACGAGAAGCUUCAUCGACGCAUCGCCCGAGUGGUGGGAUGAGAAAAUAAAGGAAGAUAAAGACUUUGCCAAAUUUAGGGGUGCAGAUUUGAGCAUCUAUGAGUCGGAAUAUGCUACUUUGUUUCGGGAUUCGGUUGCCACCGGAGAAAACGCUAUGACUCCGUUACAAUUUCAAAAGGAUAGCACCGUGAGCGGUGUUCGAAGUGAAGAAAAUAUUGAGGGCAAAGGCGAUAGUGAUGAAAUAAGUUUAGGUGAUGAUGAUGGUUUGUCCAAGAAUCUUUUAAUCAUUCUGGAGAAACCAUUCAUAGACAUUUCCAUGCAGUGUUGGCGGCCGUGCUAAAGAUGAGUGCUGACAUCAUCAAGCCAUCCGCAAACUAUAAUGAUGAUGUACCUGCUUAUAUAUUAGAUAAUCCUCGGUAUUAUCCAAUAUUCAAGGAUUGCAUUGGGGCUAUUGAUGGGACUCACGUGAGGGCAUCAGUUCGAUCGAAGGACCAACCGAAAUACAUUGGUCGAAAAGGAUAUGCGACACAAAAUAUAAUGGCUGUUUGUGAUUUUAACAUGUGCUUUACAUUCGUAUGGGCUGGAUGGGAGGGUAGUGCACAUGACACCCGAAUCUUCAAUGAAGCCUUACGGAGGCCGGAGCUUAAUUUCCCACAUCCAAUGGGUGGCAAAUAUUACGUUGUUGAUGCCGGAUACCCAAAUAUUAAUGGGUAUCUUGCUCCAUACAAAGGUCAAAGCAUUCGUUAUCAUAUACCAGAAUUUCGACGUGGACAGAGUAGUGCUAUGCGUGCUCCUCGCGGACCAAAAGAGACAUUUAACUAUCACCACUCGUCAUUGCGGAAUAUUAUUGAGCGGAUGGCGGUCCAUAACUUUAUUAGAAAGACCAGUAGCUUUGAUGAAGCAUUUAACACGGCCCAACAAGAAUCUUACAUUCCUCGUGGUACUAGUAAUGCACUUCAUGAAGAAGUUCCGUCAACAAAUCGUACGAAUGAUGGUUGUACGUAUAUGCAGGCGAGAAGAGAUUGUAUUGCGCUAGAUAUAAUGGAAUCACGGACAUGAGCAUAUUAUGAUAUUAGUGUGUCAUUAUGUGGAUUUUUAUGUUUUUUAUGAAUCGGAAUGUAAUAUUAUUAUGGUC